AUGUCUGGCGGGUCGCAGCACAACCCUAAUGGUAGACAGUCGCAACUCGGAGCGGGCUGGAGCCCCUUGCAGUUACAGGUGGCGAACCUGCUGGCCCGAGCGCCGCAAGCGCACAUGGCGUCAGAGCGCGGCGUGACGUGGCACACCCCCACGCCCCCGCCCCACCUCUACCAUGUACCCGCGCCCUCACCCCCCGACCCCUUGCAAGGUCUGUUGUUGCAGGCGAUGAAGAGUGGCGCCAACUCCGUGUUUCGGCAUACGGCGACGCCGCCGGAGCUCUACCGACAUACGCCUACACCGCCUGACAAACACUUGCUAAGGCAUACGCCGUCUCCCGGGGACGUGAAAGCUGGCGCUGCGCUGCCACCGGCUGAACUCUAUCCGCAUUUAGCACCGGGGAGAGAUAAACUGAUGAGAGCAGACGAGUUAUUGGCAUAUGCUAGGGGGGGUGUGGACCUAACAGUGGGGGGACCGCGGGGUACGAAUGGUUCACCGGCCCCCAUGCACCCCACGCCGGGGGCUCCCGCCCUAGGGGCCCCCGCCCUCUCAGUGAGAGACGCGCCAACUAUAAACAGUUUGAUCGCCCGCGCGGCGCCGCACGCGCGCCCUCCACACGCGCGGGUGGACGCCUUGCUAGAGAGACUGUCGGCGGCACCAGCACCUGCGUCUCCCCACUCGGUCAUAGUACAUUCGAGGGCCGCACCCACCCCUUCACCCCCUUCUUCAAAUGAGGAUUCAGCAGAUUCCUGUGGAGCACCGCCAGGCUCUAAGCGGAAACGGAAACCUGAGCGCACUAUCCGCGUGCCGGUCCCCCCUCCGCCCCCUGCCGAGGCCCCGCGACCCCCCACCCCCCGCGCUUCACCUCUUACACAACCACCUCUUGAAAAUGGCGACGCAACUCACAUACAGAACGGACCAGAGAAACCACCCACCCCGCAACCACCGGAACCCCACGCGCGAAGAAAAACCCGCUCCGGGUCAGCAGAAACCAUAGACGAUAUCGCCGCAAUGAUUGCCAGCACAGACUCUAACCGCACAGACGCAGCCCCCGAACCCACACCCCCGCCAGAACCAGAACCAGAAACACCAGUGACUGUCGAUAAACUAAAAAGUGUACUCGCAAGUCCCGAACCAGAAACAAAAUCACCGGAACGCCCCAUAUCACCGAAACCAAAAUCUCCAAUACCAGAACAGAAACCACAGAAAUCACCACCGAAGAAUGAGGAACCAGAAGCACCGCCAGCUGCCGCAGCUGCGCCUAGGCGACGAAGUGCUAGAACAUCCAAUUCAGAAUCGACCAAUGUACCUGUAGAAUCACCCUCAGAAGCGAAACCUGCAGAACCAGAGGCGAGUGAAGCGAGAAGUGCAGAACCAACAGCAGCCAGCUUCGUCGAAGUCGAGAAUCAACUGGAAAAAAUGUUCGCCGGCAUAGAAGAGCCCACCGGCACGGAACCGGAUAAGGAAACGGAGAAAAAACAAACAGCUAAAGCCAGGAAACGACGAAAAUCAGCUCCGACGAAAGGAGAAAAAAAAGCGUCGAAGCGAGCGAGUCGUGCCUCGACGGGAGAUGACGCGCCUCGACGAAAAACUCCGAGAAAGAAGGGUAUUGAGAAGAAGAAGAAAGAAGCACCGGUCAAAGAUGCGUAUGACUCGGGAAGUAACGCAAGUUCCAGUCGAUCGAGAGGACCCUAUAUACAGAUCGUCGGUCCCCGGGACUCUCCUGUAUCAGUGUCAGUGGUGAACGCUUCAGCGGGAGCAACUGAGGAGGAAAAGCGGACCGCAGACGAGUGGCGCAACGGGCUGCGCGCACGGGGGCUCCACGCCAGCACUCUAGGGCUCCGGUACGACGCCUCCACGCCCGACGCCUCCUGGCUGUGCGCUUUCUGCGAGAGGGGCCCCCACCACGCCGGCUUGGGAGACCUGUUCGGACCGUACGCCAUUGAUGUUAAUUGUGAAGAGUACAGAGCUCUAGACGAGGCAUCAAAGCGGCGUUUCGCUUCAUCAUCAGGUGGUGCUGAGGUUUGGUUCCAUGAGGCCUGUGGUGUGUGGGCCCCAGGGCUGCUAGCCGCGGGCUCCCGGCUGUGGGGCCUCGCCCCCGCCGUGUGCGGAGCCCGAGAAGCCCGGUGCGCCACGUGUGGGAAGCCCGGCGCAGCCCUAUCCUGUGCGGCCCGGGCCUGCAAGGCCACCACACAUUUCCCCUGCGCCUCAACUUGGUCACUUGGAGACGACUUCAGAGCCCUAUGCCCAAGACACGCC